UUCUAGAGACAUAAAACAUUUCCUUGUAAAGCAAAUCUCUCUUUUUCCUUCUCAAUCCAUUCACAUCACAACUGCAUCAUGUGUUCACACUACUAACAUAUAAAAUCUUUCUUUUACUUUCUCAUAGAAAAAAACUCAUCCUUUUCCGUGUAAUCAGAGAUUACCUUUUUUUCUUUCUUUCUAGAACUCAAAAGCAUUCUUGGUCACUAUUGUAUAAUAUUUUCUUAUUUUCUUCAUUCAAUUUGAAUGGAGGGUCAUCAAUUUCAUCACAAAAACCAAAGGCGACAACAGCAACAGCAGCAACAACAACAACAAAAUAUUCAUCAGAAUAUCAAUACGGUUAAUGUUGAUGUUUCUGAUAGAUUCCCUCAAUGGAGCAUCGAAGAGACAAAGGUGUUUCUUAUGUUAAGAGGAGAACUAGAUCAAGCUUUCAUGGAGACUAAAAGGAACAAACAAUUGUGGGAAGUUAUCGCUAACCAUAUGAAAGAAAAUGGUUAUUAUAGAAGUGCAGAACAGUGUAAGUGCAAGUGGAAAAACCUUGUUACCCGCUAUAAGGGAUGUGAAACAAUGGACACAGAAGUGUUGAGACAUCAAUUUCCAUUUUACAAUGAACUUCAAGCAAUUUUCACAGCAAGGAUGCAGAGAAUGUUGUGGGCGGAAGCCGAAGAUGGAUCGAAGAAAAAGGCGACAGAGAUUUCGACCGAUGACGAAGAUGACAACGAAGAGAAUGAGACAGUAUCUCAAAAGGGUAGCAAUAGAAAGAAGAAAAAAGCUAAGACAGUUAGCGAAAGUGGCGGCGUUAGCAACAACAAUUUGAAGGAAAUUUUGGAUGAUUUCAUGAGGCAAAUGCUACAAAUUGAAGCACAGUGGAUGGAAUCAUUUGAAGCUAGAGAGAAUGAAAGGAGGUUGAGGGAAAUGGAAUGGAGGCAACAAAUGGAAGUGUUGGAGAAUGAGAGGAUAUUGAUGGAACAAAGAUGGAGAGAAAGGGAAGAACAAAGGAUGAUUAGAGAAGAAGCUAGAGCUGAGAAGAGAGAUGCUUUAAUAAGAGCUCUGUUAAACAAGUUAGAAAGACAAUAGAGGUAUAGAUAGACUCCAGUUUUUUUCAAUUAUGAUUUCAUAUCUUAAAUAGAUAUUUUGUAGAUUGUAAGAGUUUAGGGUAGAUUUGGAUAAUGUGAAUUGGAGUUGCAUUUUAAUUACAAUUUAAAAUUUUGGAUAUAGUACUCUAGUUUUAGAGUACUAAUAUAUAUAAGGUGUGUGGUUUAAAAUAUUAGUUCGAUUUUAAAUACAAGUCAAUCUAAAGUCGAAGAAAAUCGAUCUAUUUAAUUUAAAAAUUAGAUUAAAUUAGAUUAAAUAUGUUAUUUUCUUUAAUUUUAUUUUGGUUUAUAUUUGAAAUCAGUUGGAGGGUGUAGUUUAAAUUUGUUCUUGGAAUUCUUAAUUUGUUGGCAAAUUUAACUAAGAUUAUGCCAAUUUGUGCUACUAAAUA